CUGCAGUAAUCAAACUUUAUUUACGUUGUUAGAUAGUUUUCGUUACUUUAUAUUUGAUAAUUAAUUAUUGAAUGUAUUUUUUAUAAAAGUAAGCUUAUCGAUUUUUUUACAAGAAAUAUAAUUAUAUGAAAAAUUUGACUGUCUGGACUAUACUAUAACUACAUUUUAGUUGGUUAUCCUGACUAUAAUAUAACUAAACAUUUCGAACAGUUUGUUUUGAUGUUGAUCGUGCGAUAUUUAAAUACACAUCAAAGUGAUAAAAAAUGUUACCUUUGUCGUUAUUAAGAACUGCUCAAAACCAUCCUAUGCUAGUUGAACUUAAGAAUGGAGAAACGUAUAAUGGACAUUUAGUUAGUUGUGAUAGCUGGAUGAAUAUUAAUCUCAGAGAGGUUAUAUGUACAUCCAGGGAUGGCGAUAAAUUUUGGAGAAUGCCUGAAUGUUAUAUUCGAGGUAGUACAAUUAAAUAUUUACGAAUUCCUGAUGAAGUCAUAGAUAUGGUAAAAGAAGAUGUACAAAUGAAAUCGAGGGGACGUGGAGAAAUGAAAGGAAGAGGACAAAGUCAACGAGGUCGUGGUAGUGGAAGAGGAACUUUUGGUCGUGGUGGUAGAGGCCCUGCUGCUCUUGGUCGUGGUGGAGGUAAUCAAGGAGGAAACAAAUCUCAAAAUAAAGCAAGAACCAAAUAAAAUUACGUUAUCAUUUUAGUUUACGUAGCAAAUUUCCUAUUCUUUUUCUCAAAAAUAUUCAUACAAAAUGUAAAAUUAUCACUUUUAUUAUAUAAGUAAUUUUUACUAAGAUGUAUAAACAUAUAAACUGAAUACACAGCAAUUUUUGUAACAAAAAUCUACUAAGUACAGCAAAAAAUACAUUUCUACAGUUUAAUUAUAUUUAACUAAUAAUUCAAUUACGAUAGUAUCAAAUGUACUAUAUAUAUAAAAAGAGAAAUAUUUAUUUCGUUUACAUAAGGUAUUAAAGGGACAUCUAUGAGGAUAUCUAUGAAUUUAAUUAGGAUAAUAUUAAACGUACUAUAUAUAUAAAAAAAGAGAAAUAUUUAUUUCAUUUACAUAAGGUGUUAAAGAGGACACAAAAUGUAUUCUCUUAAUUCUAUUUAUACACGCAAUUCUUAUUUACUGAACGUAGAAUGAAAGUUAAAAUAGUAUUGUACAAUUACAACGUGAAUUAUUUAUUGUAGUUUAUUAGAAGAAUCAGCGUAACUAUAAUUAGUUUGAUUAUGUCACUUCUUCAUAAGGUUUGUCAGAUCAAUGAAAAAAAAAUUGUAAAUCGAUACAAAAUAUAUGUUAUACUUAACAUGGAUACAUAAUGACAAGUGUACGGUAUAGCGUUUAAAUUUUCAUGUGCCUGUAACAAAAGAUAUACCGAUAAAAAGAUAAUCUAUAAUAAAAUUGAGGAACUAUAAUUAGUACUUA